CGCUCGAUUGGCCGGCACGCCGGCGCGCGGCUCGGAAGAUGGCGGCCCUGGGAGCCCCGCUGCGGACCUUGCGCGCGCUCCUGCGCGAGCUGCGCCACGCCGCCGGCCGCUCCUAUCGCGACAGCCCCGCCUAUCGGCACGUGCUCGCGGCCUUCCGCGCGCACCGGGUGACCAGCGAGAAGCUGUGCCGGGCGCAGCAGGAGCUGCACUUCCAGGCCGCCACCUACCUGUGCCUGCUCCGCAGCGUCCGGGAGCAUGAGGCCCUGCACCGCGAGUACCACGGCAGGGGGGAGCGCUCCCCCCAGGAGGUCGCCGGACUGGUGGGCUUCAGACUGCCUCAGCAGCCGGGAGGGAAGGGCUGAGACAGGCCUGCUGUGCUCAAUGUUUAUUUCUCAAUAAAUAAAUGUCCUAGAGCUACCGGAA